UACCUCUGAAUCUAGUAAUUACGAUAUAUUCGAGUCAAAAAUCGUUACAGGUGUUCAUUUUUCUCCAGAGGAAUCAGAAGAAUCAGAGAAAUCAGCAUGUGGAAUGGAAAAAAACAAAGCAUUAUUUUCCGAUAUCGCUAAAAAAUUGAUUUUGGUCAAUAAAGAAGACAAAGAAUUACUCAAUUCACUUCUAGAAGAAUGCUUUCCAUUAUUCAUGAGUAUUUUUAAUAAUUGUAAACAUCAUGGAUUUAUAAAUAUUACCCCAAAGUUUCCAAUUUACCUUACAUUAAAUCGUACAGAUAAUAGCUCGUCAGAAUUUAGAGGUCAUAUUUCAAUAUUAUCCAUGAAGUAUAAGUCUCUUCCUGAAAUCUCUAGAAUAUCUCUAGA